CAGUGGACCGUUAAAGGGACGCCGGUGUUCGUGCAUCCAUCUUCCUCCUCCUCCUCCUCCUCCUCUUCCUCCUCGGGUCAGUCAGUAAACAGCUCGCUGUUUGAUCUGCGGGGUUUACGGUUACCGGCUGUUCCUUCGUCCGUUGAAAUGUCGUCUAACGAUUAUUCCCAAACAUCUGCCCAGGGCUAUGGGUCCUACGGUGGAAGUGGAGGUGGCGGUGGCGGUGGCGGCUCCAACCAGGGCUACGGUCAGUCUUCCGGCCAGAGUUACAGCCAGCAGGGCUACGGAGGCUACAACCAGAGCUCGGACAGCGGCUCCGGCUCCUACAACCAGGGAGGAUACGGCAGCUACAGUCAGCCCUCGUCAGGAGGAUACGGUUCUCCGUCUUCUAACCAGGGUGGCAGCGGUGGUGGUAGCGGCGGCGGCGGCGGCGGCGGCAGUGGUUAUAAUCACUCCAGUCAGUCCUAUAGCUCUGGAGGAUACAACAGCAACCAGCCCUCCAGCAUGAGCUACAACCAGCAGUCAUCCUUCUCUGGGUACAGCCAGCAGCAGCCUCCUUCCUCAUCCUCCUCAGGCUAUGAAGGGAGCUCGCAGGCUCCCGGCUACAACCAGCCACCGAGCGGCGGACAGAGCGGAGGUGGUUACGGCAGCAGUGGCGGUCAGACUGGUGGCUACGGGGGCAGCGGGGGCCACCAGCAAUCAUCCCAACACGGAGGAGGUCACUACAACCAGCCUCCGAGCUACAACUCUCCCCCUCCUCAGAGCUACAGUCAGCAGAGCCAGUACGGUGGAGGUGGAGGAUACGGAGAUGAAAGCCCGCCGUUGAGCGGAGGAGGAGGUGGAGGGUACGGUGGUCCUGAUGGAGGUUACGGUCAGGAUGGACGUGGAGGCAGGGGCCGCGGGGGUGGAUUUGGAGGACGUGGCGGCGGUGGCGGCGGCGGCGGUGGCGGAUACGAUCGCGGUUUUGACCGAGGUGGCCGAGGCGGACCGAGAGGAAGAGGAGGCAUGGGAAUGGGCGAUCGUGGAGGAUUCAAUAAGUUUGGUGGACCAAGAGACCCGGGACAUGGAGGACCCGGCUUCAUGCAAGACCAGGAUAACUCUGAUAAUAACACCAUCUUCGUGCAAGGCCUGGGCGACGACUACACUGUUGAAUCAGUGGCAGACUUUUUUAAGCAGAUCGGGAUCAUUAAGGUCAACAAGAAGACCGGCCUCCCAAUGAUCAACCUGUACACAGACAGAGAGACGGGGAAGCUAAAGGGGGAGGCCACAGUUUCCUUCGAUGACCCCCCCUCAGCUAAGGCCGCCAUCGACUGGUUUGAUGGUAAAGACUUCAAUGGCAAUCCUAUCAAGGUGUCUUUUGCAACCCGCAGAGCCGACUUCGGAGGCCGAGGUGGGAUGAGGGGAGGUCGAGGACGAGGAGGGCCGAUGGGUCGCGGUGGAUUCGGAGGGGGUCGAGGUGGAGGUUUCCCAGGAGGCAACGGGGGCAGCGGUGGAGGAGGAGGAGGAGUAGGAGUAGGAGUAGGAGGAGGAGGUGGUGGAGGAGGUGGAGGAGGAGGAGGAGGAGGAGGAGGGGGCAACAGAGAGCUGGAGACUGGAAGUGUUCAAACCCCAACUGUGGCAACUUGAACUUCUCGUGGCGUAACGAGUGCAACCAGUGCAAGGCCCCGAAACCGGAGGACGCUGGUGGGAUGUCCCCAAUGGACAGAGGGGGUUACGGAGGAGAGCGCCGAGGGGGGUUUGAGCGGGGCGGCUUCAGGGGCCGAGGGGGCGACCGCGGGGGCUUCAGAGGGGGCCGAGGGGGCGACCGGGGAGGAUACGGCCCUGGGAAGAUGGACGCAAGGUCAGAAACAAACAGCACUCUCUGGGGUGACCGCAGGCAGGAGCGGCGAGGUCGUCCCUACUAACUCACCCACCAAGGACAAACCUCGACACAAAGCCCAGUGUGUGUACCGUCGUCCGUGCUGGGCCCGGUCCCGUGACCUUUCACCUUUUAUAGAACUGUUCACUUUGAACCAGUGUGUAGAGAAAUGUGACGAUCCCUGUUCCUUCAGUUAGCUCUUGUUGGUGUUCAGUCCGGUGUUUGCACAGCGCGGCCUCGUUUAGAACAACCUGAGUGUGAGUUUCAGUCCUGGAGUGUUAUUAAGGAGCCAAUCAGGAAUUACCUGAUAAUUAAUGACUCAUUAAUAUGUAGUUGGGACGAUAUUAAAGUCUCUGUCAGUCAGUGAUUCUUCUGAUGGAAGUUUAAAGUUUCUCUGAGCUCGUUAAACAUCUGAUUCAUCAUCUGAUCGAUAGACAAAUAGUCUAAUAAUAAUAACAACAAUAAUAAUAAUAAUAAUAAUAAUAAUAAUAAUAGGUAGUAAAAGGUUUCACUGAAACUUCACUAAAAUCUAGGUGUGAAAAAACAUUUUGGUGAACUGAAUUAAAAAUAUAAAACUAACUGAAAUGAUAAAGUAGAAUAAAAGUACAGAGGAAAUAUCAGAUUAGGUCGAAUGUGUUUGUAUUAUACGAGUUAUUCUGAAGACUUCCUUUUAUAAUGAAAAGAAAAACUAAAACACUGAAACUAAUAAAAACAAGUAAACUCUCUGGACUGAACUAUAAAACUAUUAAAGAACUAAAUUUAAAAACCAUAAUAACUGUCAGUCUGUCCUGAUCCACCAGUACAAACACACUGACCAUCGUUUAUAUAUUCAUACACUCAGGAGUCGAUUACUUUACUUUACUUUACUUUACUUUACUUUAAGGAUUUUAAUGUGUAAAUUAUAAUUUUAUUAGCAGACAAACAUUAAAAUACGUCUGGAGGGAAUCAAGUUUGUAUUCGGUUGCAGAGAUUGUGGCCGAGCCGUCGUUCUGGUUUGAGGUGGAUUACAGCCGACACUUCGUCUGACCUUCGGCGACGUCGGGGAUUUAAAAACCUGUCGGAGUUGUUUUCACUGUCACUCUGUUGUUGGUGUGAAGUUACUGUCAGGGAACGACUUCCAACAGAUAAUAAUGAUGGCCAGAAUCUGUGGAAGUGAGACUGAGGUUGUUCAAAUCAAGAAGAAAAUCACUUAAAUGUGAGAAUAUAAUUUAUCUUAUCUAAAUUGGAGAAUGUGAUUAUCAGGAGUUGCUGAUUCAUUUUCUGUUGGCCAAUCAAUUAAUCAAUAAUGUCCUACUGUGCUCUCUCAUCCAUCUCAGUUAUGGACCAACUUUCAGCGUCUUCUUCACCUCGACAUUUUUUACAUUUAAUGGCAGUUUGGUGGUUUUAAUGAUGCAGCUCUGAGCAAACUCCACAGAGGAAAGUUUAGGAUGAAGACACUGACAUGAUGUUGGCCCGAGGCCUCGGUUUGAACAGGUUUAAUAACAGAAACUGAACUGAAGCCGCUCCCGUGAAUGUAAAAGAAAACAAAAGCAGAAAAUCGUUUGUGCUUCUUUACGGUCGGAGGUUUUCUGUGUCACUCUAAUUGGACUCGUGCCCGACUCUCACCUGUCAACCUGAGGAGGUCAGUUAGUGACUGAUAACAACCAGCAUAAAGUGUGUAUGUGUAACGUUAGCUGACACACAAAACCAGGCUGGAAUGACACACACACACACACACACACACACACACACACACACACACACACACACACACACACACACACACACAGUGUAUAGGACUGGAGUCAGAGGUUGGACGUUACUGUACUCGAGUAUUUUGUGACAACUUUUCCCUUUUCCCUCAACAUUUUAACACAAAUAUCUUUAAGAACAGGCUCCUUACUUUAGUUUUGAUGCAUCUGAAGGGAAUUAUUGAUUAUUUUAUUGCACCAGUCUGCAGAAAUAUUACAGUACAAUAAAACAUUUACACCACAUUCAAAAAGCUGUAAAGGUUUUUCCCCCAAGAAGCUGCAUGAGAUCAACAUAAAGAGAGACUCCUGGGUUCCCAUAGGACCCAUUUUCAUUCAGAUAUCUGGGGGUCAGAGGUCAAUGGAUCCCUUUUAAAAAUGCCAACACCAGUUUUUCCAUCACCAAAAUUGAGCUUAAUAAUAGCAGGAUAGCAGUGGAUGUGUUUGGUCGUCUAGUUUCAUAUACAACCAGUAUUUGUCCCUCAGUAGAGAGCGUGUGCUCAGAAUCACGUAUCCAACCUCUGACAACGUCACAGCGGGGGAAAGAUCGUGAUGAGUUUUUGUAAACGAGGCCUCUCGUCUGUGCAGAUGUUUCAGUGUAUUUAUUAUUUAUGAGUUGUUUUUUGUAUUGUGCAUGUGCUGGUUUUCAAAUGAAAGUUGUUGAUGAAACCAAA